AUGUCAGCAGCUAUUCACACGGAAAUCGUGGACGCAGAGGAAUUCUUUCCAACUAACCUUACUCCAUGGAUCUACAAACAUGCGGAUAUCGCCGAUCUCGACUGCAUGGAACGAUGGCCCAUAUAUUGCGCAGAGUUCGAAGAGUUCUUCCAUCUCCUCAAUACUCAUUUUCCUGAGAAUAAUCUCUUCGAUCCAUCCCUUGCGGAACCGGAUCCCCUGGAAGCGUACUACCCCGAAGCUGAAGAUUAUUGUCCAGUAGCUAUUGGACCAGACUUGCUGGAGGAAGCUGCUGGGGGCGUUGAGACAGUAGCGCUUCCUAUAAAGAGCUGGAAGUAUUCUACUCGGGAAAGCUCUGAGGUGAUGAUGAGGUCGCAGGGGUUGAUGUUGAGGACAUUGAUCGAGACGAUCUAUCUGAAACUUAAUGGCAGGCAGUGGGCCUCGACUUCAAAUCAAUAUGUCCCGGUACUUUCUUUUGCUGGUUGGUUCCAAGAACAGACCUGGAGCGAGUUCCUCAGCGAGAAUCCAAGUAUAAUGCUAGGGCAACUUGCCUCUAACAUCAAACUGAGGCUACAGGACCAAGAAAUGUUCGUUGUAGGAUGCUAUAAACGCCAGGUCUUCCUAGCUCGUGGGCUCUUUACAAAAGAUCAGAUAUCUCGGGUACAUGCGAAGGGAUUCUCAGCAAACGAAGUAUUUCACUUAGAUCUAACACGAGGCUAUGAUGUUUCCAACAAGGGGGACUGGUUUGAAGCUAUGAAGAUAUUUGCGGGAUUACUACGAUAUAUUCUGAGUGGAAAUGCAAGACAUUAUCAUGCGGAACUGCAGUAG